AUGUCUUCUGUUCAACACAGAAGGUCUUUUGAUGGAUUUUGGAAGUUGAAGAACAGAGAUAUGGCUGUUGAGGAAAUAAUCAGAGAGCGUAGGGCAACGAUAAUGAGUGGUAAACUUAAAGGAAGGAGGCUUUUUGAGGCGGCGGAAAGGGCAGCUGAAGUGGAAUUGGAUUGGAAUGAUGAUGAAAUGUAUAGUGAUUGUUUCAACUUGCUUGGCGAAAAAGAAGUGAAUAAUGAAAACUUGAAGAGAAACCAAGAAGACUUGGGUACUUGCUUUCGUCCAUCUUGUCCUUUUUUGGGUUCUUCUUUGCCAGACGAGAAGGUGGAGAUUAGUGAAUCGGUGGUGGUGGAAGGGGAGGCGGGUGGUGCAAGUAGAAAUUUGAGGGGUGGUGACAGUGGCGGUGAAAGGUGCAUGCUUGCAUUAAUUUGGUUUGCUUUUGUGUCAAUGCUAUUUACUCUUGGCCUAAUUAUCUCAAUGCGUCGCAGUGAUAAAUAUGAGCUUGAAAAAGAGGCAAUUAUUGUUCCAACAUAA